AUGUCGACUGUACUGGCUUCCCUUGACUACCUUAAGUGGGACGCUCUUUUCGAGAGACAGAAGCCCUAUGAAGUCUUCAUCCCGACCAGCAGUUUUAGAGAUGAGCACAGCGUUCCACGCAGCAACCUUGUCUUUGAGAAGAAGUUUAUCCCCAUCCAGAAUGCUCGUGGCUUGGAGCAUCAAUUUAAACUCGACACCCAGGGGUUUCAGUUUGAGAAGCACGCCACCAAUGUCGCCAACUUGAAGGAUCGAGACAGCGUGUUGACGACCUACGUGCCCGAAAUGGAGGAGUUUCUGAAGCACACCCUUGGUCAACCUAGUGGUAUUCGAACGCUCUGCUUCGAUAUUCGGCUGCGCGAAGCAGUAGACCCAACCGUCUUCGCCAAGAAGACGGUCAACCUUGAGAACGGCUUCGACCCUCUUCUCCCAGCCACACAUCCCCAUGUUGACCAAAGCCCUACAGGGGCAAUACGACGAGUCCACAGGCACCUAGGCGACGAGGCCACUGACCUCCUCCAGUCCAGGGUGAGAAUCAUCAACAUCUGGAGGCCCCUUGAUAGGGUAACAUCAUGGCCAUUAGCAACGUGCGAUGCGAGAUCAGUGAACCAAAACGACCUUGUAACGUGCGACAUCGUGCGUCGCCGAUACACUGGAGAAACGUGCUUCGGGCUGCACAGCGAAGGUCAGCAGUGGUUCUACCUCUCUGAUCAAGACGUAGACGAGGUCACGCUCCUCAAAAUCUACGACUCGAGCGACGCGGUAGAUGCAAAAUUCUGCCUGCACAGUUCGUUUCCUCCAGAGGCUGAUAAUGUCAGCCCUCAAAGGGAGAGUUUGGAGAUCAGGCUUCUUGUAUUUACAAAGGACUGA